AUGCGGAGAAUUAUGACAGGGGAGGAAGUCGUUUUGUCUUCCGAGUCUGUGAAUGCACUGGCCAUCUUGAGCUCGACGUCCGGAACAAUCGAUACACUUCCUGAAGCUGGCGGUGUUCCCCAAUCUCUAACUGGUGUUGAAUCUUGCGAUGGCUUGCUUGAGUCAAGUGUUGGAUCCGGAAAGCUUCAAUCCCUCCCAUUCAGGCCAAAGUCACCUAACGUGGCGAGCGGACUUAAGUACAACUCCCCGUCAGUGUCCAUUGGCGGGUUAGAUCCGUUCUUGGUACUACCAGAAACUUCAGGGGAGCCUGUGCCUAAGCAGCUGCUGAUACGCUAUUAUAUUGAACGACUCGCUCCUUGGCUAUGUUACCUCGACGAUGGCCUCUCAAAGGACGGACCACGGAUCGCAUGGCUACCGUAUGCUCUCGAACAUACAGCCUUUUUCUAUGCCACCCUUCUCACUGCAGCUGUCCACCUAAACCGCCGGCGCAAAAUUCGAGAUCCCUCGGCACUGUAUUGGUUCAAGGUACAGACGAUCAAGCAUGCCAAUGAAAAUAUGAAGAUUCCCGAGACAGCGGCUACGGAUGAGAUGGUUAUGGUUGCUUUGAUUCUGCUAUACUUCAAUAUUGGUGGGGCAGAUGUUGAAGAGUAUGAGAUUCAUCUCAAGGGAAUCCACCAGAUGCUAAAAGUUAGAGGUGGCGCGGAGAGCCUGGGUAUGAGAGGAAUGGCGAAGAACUGGCUUGCAAUCUGUUGGGGACCUUGGAGAGAAGGCUGGGAAUAUGGACAAUUCAAGUGA